AUGGGAAACAAGAAGGUCACAGACAUCACCAUGCUCCUGCACAAGGUCUUGAGAAGAGAGAAGGUCACUGCCACCCUCAUGGCCAGAGGGCCUUUCCACUGCUCCACCAUUUUAUCACAGAAGGGUUUCAAUGUCCCCUUUGUUCUCUCUCACAGAGAAAGGCGCAAUGCAGGACCCUGCCAGACCUGCCUUGCCAUGCCGGAGAUUGGGAACGCCGAGCUCAGCUACAGCGGAACUUCCUGGGAAAGGAUCUGCCCGGUCCAUCACUGUCCUAUUCCUGCCUCCCCCCGGCUGGGGGGGGACCACUUGCCUUCCUCCAGCCACACGCUGGGACCCAUUUCCACACAGUCCAACGGGCAGGUGCCCUCCAGCUCACAGGACUCGCAGCAGCCUCAUACUUAUUUCCCCUGCAGCCAGCAGGAGCCUGAAGGCGGCCGGGGGCUGCCCCCACUCCCGGGGCACGGCGAGAGGCCCGUGCUCUGUUCCCACUGUUCCAGCGGCGAGCCCACGCCAGCUUCCCACCACGACGUCGCAGAAACGCCCUGGAAACACUGGUCCCCCGGCCCGCGACCCUGCCGGCCUGUGCAGCGCCAUGUCGUAACGGUGAGACAUGACAAGACUUUCAGGAUGCCAAAAAGCUACGCACAGAUGCUCACCGAGUGGCCCAUCACCAUCAUGGCGCUCUGCUCCGUGAUGGCCGUGGUGUGCUCCAUAGCYGGCCUCCUCGUCGGGGGGCUGCCUGAUUUCUCCGAACCCCUCCUGGGUUUUGAGCCACGGGACACUGACAUCGGCAGAAAACUGAUGGUGUGGAAGAAUGUAGAGAGCCACACAGGCUACAAAAAGACCUUUUCCCUUUCUCCCUAUACCGAGAAGAACAGCUACGAUGGCGUCGGCUUUAACAGAGGACAGAAGGCUAGCGCAGGUGAACAGGAAGCAAGGACACGGAGAAUGGUGGAACCAGUCUACGGAGCAGAUGGCUUCUUUUGCGGUCCUCCGGAAAAGAGCUAUUCCCAGCUGGUAUUUAUGUCCACAACUGCUGGGAGCUUAUGGAACUUGCAAGCUAUUCAGUCCAUGUGUCAAAUUGAACAAGACAAGAUACGCUCACACAUUCAUUUUAGAGACCUCUGUCAACGCACCGAGACCAAUGAAUGCUGCCCAAGCUGGUCUCUGGGGAACUAUAUUGCUGUCCUGUACAACAGGUCUUCUUGCUUGGAAAUAACCCAAGGAGACAUCUCCCACAUGCUGGCCCUCCUUCGUUCCUGCGCUCCAGACUACCACAAAGGCAUCCUCACCCCGUCCUGCAUAGGGCCCGAUCCUGUGAGACAGAAACACUCGCAGUGCGCCAAAGUCCCCGAAAAAUGCACCCGAUUCAAUGCUAUUUACCAGCUUCUCCACUUCUUGGUCGACAGAGACUUCCUUAGUCCCCAGACGAUUGAGUACCAAGUGCCAUCGCUCAAGUACAGCCUGCUGUUUUUGCCUACCAGGAAAGGCACCUCUAUGAUGGGAAUCUACCUAGAUAACCUUGAAUCCUGGGAUCUGUUUGACAAUUACACAUCCAUUACUGGAAUGGACCUGGGCCUUAAACAGAAACUAUUCCAGCACUAUCUUUUACUGGAUACUAAGUAUCCAGUCUUGGCAGUAUUUGCCAUUUUUCUAAGCAUUUCUUUCUACUUGCGCUCAGUCUUUAUCACAUUUAUGGUCCUGCUCGCUGUUGUCAGCUCUUUGACGAUCUCCUACUUCUUGUACAAGGUGGCCUUCCGAUUCACCUACUUCCCCUUCAUAAACCUGACAGCGGUGGUGCUCCUCAGCAGCAUCUGUGCCAAUCAUACAUUUGUCUUUUUUGACCUCUGGAACCUCAGCAAGAGCCAGAGCCCUUCUGCUGGCCUUCCUCAGUGGGUGAGUCAAACCAUGCACCAUUUUGCCUACCUAACACUGGCAUCCUGCUUCACAACCAGCGCUGCUUUCUAUUCCAGCUACAUCAGCAACAUCACAGCCAUCCGCUGCUUCGCCAUCUACAUGGGCACCUCUGUGCUAGUGAACUUGGUCUUCAUGAUGACUUGGCUUCCUUCUUCCGCUGUCCUCUACGAGCGCUACAUAGCAACACACUGCAUUUACAAACCUGAAGACUACUGGAACAAGGCCGGUCAUAAGAGAGCUCUUCUCUCCCUUCAUUACAUCCUCAGGGGUCUCCAGAACACGUUGUGUGAAACCUCCAAGCUCUUAUUCGAGAAGCUCCUGCCUUGUGGCGUCAUAAAGUUUCGCUACAUCUGGAUCUGCUGGUUUGCAGCCUUAGCCAUCGGCGGUGCCUACAUUUCCUGCUCCAACCCUAAGCUCAAACUGCCCACGCUGGAGACGUCAUCUCUUCAGGUGUUCAGGCUGAGCCAUCCUUUCGAGAGGUACGAUGCUGAGUACUGCCACCAAUUCAUGUUCGAGAGGCUAGAGCACGGGGAAGGACAGCGUAUGCCUGUCACCAUAGUGUGGGGCAUUCUGCCCAUUGACAACGGAGAUCAUUUCAAUCCGAAAAGCAACGGCACCCUCGUGACAGAUAUCGCCUUCAGCAUCCAAAAUCCCGAGGCCCAGAAGUGGCUCCUUGAAUUCUGCCAUAAAGUGAAGAACAAAACUUUCUAUUACCCCAGCACAGAGCAGAAAUCUACUGUUUGCUUCAUGGAGGAGUUCCUCAGGUGGAUGGACAGCCGCCAGUGCUCCCAGAGAGACCACAACUUCAACCUUUGUUGCAACCAGUUCUCUUUCCCUUAUGGAAGUGAAGUCUUCCUACACUGCAUCAAAAUGAUGCUCCUGGAACAAGGCAGGGAAGGAGCUGAAACAUAUGAUCUGGGUCUCAGGUUUGAUGGAAAGGGCAAUCUCGCUGCCUUAGUGCUGCAGUUUCAAACUAUUUACCACUACACCUUUAAUUACAGCCAAGCCAAACUCUUCUAUGAGGAAAUCAACCUCUGGCUGACAGAGGAGAUGAAAACUGCCCCCAUGGGGCUUCAAAACGGGUGGUUUACCAGUAAGCUAGAGCUAUACAAUCUCCAGCACAGUCUUAGCACAGAAACCACAGUGGUCAUGGGGCUCUCCAUAGCCAUUUCCUUUGUAGUGCUGCUGCUCACCACUUGGAAYGUUCUCCUCAGCAUUUUCUCUGUCACUGCUAUCGCAGGCACCGUCCUGGUGACCGUAGGCCUCUUGGUCCUCUUGGAAUGGCAGCUCAAUGCAGUGGAAUCACUCUUCAUUUCAGCUGCAGUAGGUCUCUCUGUUGACUUCACCGUGAACUACUGCAUCUCCUAYCACUUGUGCCCCCAUUCCGACCGCCUGAGCCGAGUGGCCUUUUCCCUGAAGCAGAUGAGCUGUGCCACAGCCAUGGCAGCUUCUGCUCUGUUCUCCGCGGGUGUUAUCAUGUUGCCAGCCACUGUCCUGGCAUACAGGAAGCUGGGGAUAUUCAUAAUGAUGAUCAAGUGUAUCAGCUGUGGGUUUGCCAGCUUCUUCUUCCAGUCGCUGUGCUGCUUCUUUGGCCCAGAGAAGAACUGCGGGCAGAUCCUUUGGCCUUGCGCCCACACCAUGAAGGACUAUUCUGAUGACUCAGGGCCGAACGGGAACUUUGCCUGUGGGGGAAGUGAGAAGCCAAACAGGCUGCGUAAGGUGCAGGAAUCCAACACGGCAAACGAGCAGUACGAGCUCCAACCCUUGUCUAGAAAGCUCAGCGACAGCUUUGACAACAGCACUUCCACGAGCAAGCUGUCCAACCGGCCAUCGGUACUGUCCGAAGUCACCCAGCUUGAAGAUAACCGAUGCCCCAGAAUGGGAACGCACCCUUCUCUUGAAAGACAAAAUCUGCAGGAGACUCUUGGAGACCAGCAGGUUGGCCUGUGUCAGUGUCCUGCCUUGCAAACAUCUUCUCCAUACAAGCACAGCAGCUCAGGAGCAGAAAUUCACAGGGAGAUGCUAUGCAGGGAUUGUCAGUGCCGAAAGUAUGGUUCAAAAGCUUGGGACGGGUCUGUGCUGGACCGUAUACCACCAGCCAGUGUGAAGGAUGACGGGCAGCUCAAUAAAACACAGUGCUCUAGCGACACUGCCCAGCAGCAGUCAGAUUAUACCUCAGACCACAGUCAUCUUCCUGCUGCUGAUAUCUACAAAAUUCACCGAUGCCUUUGUUCUCUUGGCAGCUCCUUUGACAUGCUGAACAUCUCCAGUGAGACGUCGAUCAGUGAUUUUGAGCAAGGCCUGAAACUUGCUGAAUCAGCCAGUUCCUGCCCAGACGCCUUAGAGCUGUCAGAUUCGUACAGCCAAGCAGAAAGGGGUUACUUGAAUGGGAAGAGGGAUACCCUGCGGCUGGAGCUGAGGGAGACUGUAUUCGAUGUCCCUCCAGCAGCCUCACAGCAAAAUAGCUCUUCGUGGAAAAAUCGGUUUGGAUUAGGGAGUGAAGAUCCCGUCGUGUUACCAAACAGUCAACCAGAUAUGCCUGAUGUUUGGAUCAAACGAUCUAGUGCACAAAAUGUCGGCUACAGCAGCUGAAAUCCUGCAGGAAACAGGAGCAGGGGAAUUCAGAAUUUCGCCUGAACUGUAAAUACGAAAUCUUUCCUCCCGUCUUUCCCAGAGCUGAGACCACUCCUUAGUUUUUCAGACAGGCAAAUGAAUGGCUGUGUUUCACAGAACCAGCAAACCCGAAGCUAGCAAGUGGAGGAUAUAAGAUAAAUCUUAAUGUAGUACAAGCUCCCUUAUGACCUUCCAGUGUCCCCUUCCAUAUGCUCAGUCACACAGCGGAAUUUAUUGAGUACCUGUUGUCAUUUCUUAUGAGGUGUUUUGAGAUUGUGUUCUCUGGUCAAACAAACAUAGGAGAGAAAUAAGSAGAGACGAGUCUCUCUAGAUAUUUAAAGACAGAGAGGCCAUGUCAAAAGACGCACACACAAAUAUUAAAAAUCUAGGUAUGGAGGGACAGAGGUGUUCACAAAAAGAAAAGCUUUCUUUUUUUUUUUUUUCCCCCUACUGUUUUAUAUGAAAUGCAGCUCCACGGAUCUCUACAAACCACUUCAGAUAUUUUAAAGCAAUUUAUUUUUUUUCAGUUGGCAUGGUCUCCUGCUGCUCACAGCAGCUAGAGAAGUCAGCCCAAAUGCUAUUUUCAGUAACAAUUUCUAUUUGUUUCACCAGGAGAAAUGCCUCCUGGCACAGCCAGUGGUUUUCGAUGCAAGCUUUGCCCUUGGAGGAAUGAGGAUCCUUGUCCCUUCAUUGCCUUGGGCACUCUGUGGUGUUGUUUUUGUGGCUUGUUUCCAGUCAAGGUAAUCCAGACAAACAUGCAGUAUUUUUAAAAUUUACAUUUCUGACAACUCUUGAAUUUUAC